AUGACUUUCCAGCCCUUAGACGAGAUUAUUAGAAGCCCGGCCUUCCCAACGGCUAUUUGGCAGCUAGAGCCGCACCAGAGCGGACUCCUGCCCGUCGCCGCCGGCCGGGGCGGGCCGCUCAACAUCAGCUGGGAGGUGCACGGCGACGGGCCAGUCAAGCUUGUCCUCAUCGGCGGCAUCGGUCUGACGAAGACGGACUGGCAGUCGCAAACGCUGUACUUCGGGCACGAGCGCGGGCGGCGGUAUUCGGUGCUCGUGUUCGACAACCGCGGCGCCGGCGCGUCGGGGAAGCCGCUCCUGCGCUAUAGCACCUCCGAGAUGGCGCGCGACCUGCUCGAGCUGCUCGACCACCUCGGCUGGACGGCGCCGCGGCAGGUCCACGUGUCGGGAGGUAGCCUGGGCGGGAUGAUCGCGCAAGAGCUCGCGGUGCUGGCGCCGGACCGCAUCGCGAGCCUGAACCUGCACAGCACGGCGGCGCGGCUGGAGAACGCAGCGGGCAGCUCGCUGGCGGAGGUGGCGGACCGGCUGGGGGCGCUGCUGCCGCGGCCGGCGGAGGCGGCGAUCCGGGCGACGGCGCGGGGGUGCUUCCCGGAGGCGUGGCUGGCGGCGGCGGACGGGGAGGAGCUGCCGCGGCGCGGGACGCCGCGGUGCGCGGUAGCAGCAGCAGGCGGGUACGGCGGCGGCGACGGCGCGGGCGAGCUCCGGUUCGGCAGCAACUACGCGCGGUUCGCGGCGCGCGAGGCGCAGAUCCCGCGCGACCGCGGCGGGCUCGCGCUGCAGGCGGUGGCCGGCGCGUUCCACUGCAAGACGCCGGCGCAGCUGCGCGCGCUCGCCGACCGCGUAGGCCGCGCCCGCAUCGCCGUGCUGCACGGCGCCGCCGACCGCAUGAUCCCCGUCGCCCACGGCCGCCGCCUCGCCGCGCUACUGCGCCCCGCCGCCGCCGUGUUCGAGGACGGCCUCGGCCACGCCCCCAUCCACCAGCGCCCCCGCUGGUUCAACGAGUUCCUCGAGGCGCGCUGCGAGGCUGCUGAGAAGCUGAGCGGGCGGUGAUGAGGGGAUAAGGGGGGCAGGGGAUGGGGGGAGAGGGGGAGGAGGCGAUAGAGAGAUAGAGAGAGCUUUACGUCGGGUUGGGAGAGACUUGGGCCUGUGUGAGAACAUCGCAUUUCUUUAUUCAUGGCGCGGGUUAAGGGGGACACGUGGUGCUGGUUUCGAGAUGGCAUCGGACGUGCUUUGUAGUAUUACGAACUCGACACCACUCUGGAUGGCGAAAAGCGCAUCGCCCCGAACGUACGGAAUAUAUAUACAUAGACAUGCCGGGGGUCUCGACCGCAGCCAAAUGAAGAAUACUCAUACAAGGGAACAUCGAGAUCCCGAAUAGACGCAACGGGCCAUGCCAUGACCCGGGGUGGGAUUUCCGACCAGCCCUUUUUCUCUAAUGCCGCCCAAGAGCAUCGGGAUGCGAGGCUGAAAAUGACGGCCCCCUUCUUGAACCAGUCGCUUCUUCCCAGACGUAUUGUGAAUGGUAACAUCGCUAUGUGCAAAUGGGUAUCUGUCUAUAACGCCUGCGCCGGCCGACGCUGUAUGAACCGCA